CGUGGAUCAUAGCUAGCAUUCCCUGAUCAGGGAGAUAGCAAGGCGAUCCUUUACCUGGUUUAUGCCCCCUACCCAGAACGUUACGGCUCGGGAUAAUUAAAACAUCUACCGGUGUCAGGAGGUUUUCCCACUGGAUUUGAAAAUUCAUCCACGAUCCAUGGAUGUAGGAAACGAGGGCGUUACGCGGGUGAGAGAGAGAGAAGAGCACUGUAGAGGAGAGCGGGGUAUGAGAGAGAGAGGGGUCUAGGAGGAGUGGCGAAGUGGACUCUCUCGCUAGUCCUUCAAAUCAGUGACGUUGUCAGGCUCAGCCAAUUGCAAGCCAUCGAUACAGUUGAGUGUGAAGUGAUUCGGCAUUAAUACCGGAUUUGUUUGAAUUCGUCGACCGCUUUAAUAGAAUCACUUGAACUUUGCAAGACAUUUUAAUUUCUUCGCGGUGAGUGACAGCCUUUGGUGUUUGCUGCAAGCGGAGUGUUUACAUACUGUAGUUAUACGUCUAGUUGAAUAAACCCCAGCACGAUCUAUGCCGGGUGUGCCGCGGCCAGUUGAGGGAAGAGGAGGGGGAUAUAGCGGAUUACUGGAUUGGAUACAUUGUCACACUUGUACAAGUGUCGUCUGCUACCUCAAACCGGAUGGAUUGCAUCUCGCCACCGAAUGAAACCAAACGCUAAAAGAGCGUCAGAGCGGUUCCCAGCGCGAGGACACACAGCACGGGCAGCGGCCGGGAUCCUACUUAGGCGGCCUGUAUGGACGGGCAUGGCAUCGCGGUGCUGUCAUAGCCCGCCUCGACACCCGCUAACCACCCUCGUCUUUUUCAUAAGUCUGGCCAUGCUGUCGAGAUCAGAAGGGUUUCCUAGCAGCUCAGGGUGCCAUGUGGACAGGUGUUGGAUGAGCUACCAAAGAGCCACAGAUAUACUUGGUCCACCAGAACCGUUGAAGAACGAUGACCGGUGCAGUGCCCUUAGGACAUACAUGAAUUGUAUCAAGUCAACGGCACGAGGGUGUCAGGGCGAUAUUCGAUUUUAUAGUGUCCGUAAUGGAGUGAAAAAUCAAAUGAAAUCGUAUAAUUGUACGGAGUUUGGGCCGACAGUGGACCCCGAUAAACAUACUCCUGUCCGGCCAACUAUACCGGAGGUGUGUACUUACCAAGGAAAGAAGGUGUACAGACAGUGUGGCCUAUUCGGGGACCCCCACAUCAGGACGUUCUAUGACGAGUACCAAACUUGCAAAGUGAAGGGAGCAUGGCCCCUUGUCAAUAACAAAUACUUAACAGUCCAAGUUACGAACGAUCCCGUGACGGGACACAAUGGAGCUACCGCGACCAGCAAGCUAACUGUGAUAAUCAAAAAGAAGCCCGAAUGUACAUCAGAUAAUUUCCUUAUGUACCAAGCUCAGACGGACUCCCUCCCAGGGUCGUUCUACGACGGCAAGACUCACUACGGCCAGCACAAGAGCGUGGAACUGGUGGAGGUGGAUCCGUUCAAGCACGUGGAGAUUCACAUUCAUUACAUCGAAACUACACUAGUACUGCGACAGAUUGGACGCUAUUUCACAUUCGCCAUUCGAAUGCCCGAGGAAAUUGCAAAUAAUAGUGUUUCGUUUGAUAAUCUACAACUUUGUGUUAGCGGGUGCCCCGAGAGGGAGAGAAUAAACUACCAGGAGUUCCUGGCACUACGGAAGGAUAGGAUUGACUCUCUGUCUGAAAGUGAAAAAUCCUUCAUGUCGAGAGAGCAGGCUGAAGGUAUAUGUCGAGAUUCCAAUGUUGUGGAUUUUUACUUCGACUCGUGUGUGUUUGACCUCAUGACUACGGGGGACAAGAACUUCACUAUGGCGGCUGUGAGCGCCCUGCAGGACGUGGUCAAACUAGACCCAUCAGCGGUCAGGUUCUCGGCCAACAGGACCUCUUUAGACAGAUACGAUGACCAGUAUGGUAAUAGUGGUGUUUCAAGGACUAGGACCCCCAGUGACUAUUCAUUGCUUGUGACAGUGACCGUAUUCCUGUGUAUGUUAUUUUGUCAUGAGCAUGUUCCAGUAUGAGCGAAUGAGCGAGUGUAGACGACUUUCAAGACUAAACCAUUACAUUUCUGGGCUAUUGUGUUCCUGUCUGCGGCAGGGUGGCUCCCAGGGCUGACGUCUCUACUCCUACCAACACCCGGCACUUGAGGGUCACAUCGCUCCCUUGUUGAUUCCAAUGGUGCGGUGUGGGUAUCGUGAUCCAGUCUGACCAUCACACAAUGGACAAGGAUAUGUCGUCGAGGGAGUUGAUAGCAGUAUAAACUUCAGUCUCGUAUUCUCAUUGUAACCUUCUGUGCUCAUAUAUGUCCAGUAGCUGUCCGCCACAAUGGGGAGUGACCAAUGUUUCCCCGCAUUACUUGACAGGGUUUAAGGCCAAGUGUAGCCUGUUAUGUUGAGUCUCGUUACAGUAGUCUUAUCGUAAGGGUAUCUUUAUUGUUCACCUUCAUCAAACCGGAUAUUCUAUUCUGAUGUAAUCCAACUGAAAGCCCACAACCAAAUCUAAUAUGUAAGAAUUGUGAACAUGCUUAGCUUGAUACCAUUGCCAGGAGUGUGGCGGGUUUCCAAUCGUUCAGCGAGGUUAGUGAUAGUUUUGACAUACCACGUGGAAAAUUGUCUAAACCAAAAUGGAAUAUUGAAUUAAAUCUCCCUGGUAUCCCCCCAGGAUUCGACCCCCUCCACUUCUCUCUUGACAGAGCAUCCAGGCACUCAGUCAACACGCAAUGCACUCCCGAUGCGUCUAUUUUUGGCAAGACACAAAAUCAAUCUGAAUGUGAUUAUGUGGUGCCGUGAUCGGUAUUUUUGCAGUUGGAAUUAUUCAUAAAUAUUUUGACCAUCUCUUUUCAAAGAGUUGCCAUUUUCGCUGACGGCAUGCUUCAAAGCAAAAUCUCUUCCUUGAUAUGGGGAUUGUGCGAGGAUGAAGGUGACAAUCGUUAUUUCCGUAACGCUGACGUAAUCGUCAUAUCUGGUAUUGGGGGGAUUGUAUUUUAAAUUCAUUGUGGAUGAGGCGUUGUGAACACGCGGAUGGAGGAAAAUGUAAUGCUGCGUUUUAAUGUUAAAUAUGCCUCAUUCCAUCCCAGUGUCUCUGAAACAAACUUGUCAAAUCCAGGCAUACCCUGUCGGUAUGUUCACGAAUGGACACUUCUUAAAGGAGCCCUCCAUUGGUUUUGUUGUCUCUGACGCGUUAGUUAAGCCAGUUCCGUGUGGUAUCAUGUUGGUCCUAAAUGUUGAAUUUAAAUCUGAUGGUGCACUUCCUGAUGGUGGAAGCAGUCUUGUCAUAUCUGAGCUCAGUUGGUGGUUGUUCAUACAUCAUUGUACCCGUUACGCCAGUGGUGUAUGUAUAUAAUAUAUUAUGUAUGAAUAAGUAAGAUGCGUUGUGACCUCAAACUUGAAUCCUUAAAGGAUCGACACCAAGUACCCCACAUCAAGAACCCCACAUCAUACCUCAGUUAACACAAUCAGUGGGUGAGGGAGGGGCGGGAGGGAGGGAUAUUGUGGCCAGUUUUUACGUGACGUUAUAGACUCGUAUGCACGUUUUGUUAUGGUGCUUAAUAUGAAUAGGCCACCUUAUGAAGUAAUAUUCAUUUGACCUACUUACCUAUACUUGUAAGGAAAUACCUGUUACUGUAACUGUAGCACUGUUAAUCAUACCACAAAUUGAUAGAGGGAUCUCUAUUUCUAGGGUGGCACAGAUUAAGUUCUGAAAGAUUGAAGUACACUGUGUACUAUGAAGGAAAGGUGUAGGGAUGUGUUAUUUGAAAAGGUAUCAGUAAACUUAAACAAAUGUAAACAUUUGAAUUUGAAAAUUGAUUUUGAAAUUAUUACCUUUAUAUGCAUUUUGUCAAAUAUUUACAUUUGUGCAUCAUAUAAAUGGUCUUAUACCAUGACUUGUCCACCACUACAAUACCGCUGACAUCCCUUAAAUGAUAUACAAUCGCUGUGUGAUAAACAUGUAUAUCGUAUGGAUAAGGUUUUGAGUUGAAUGACGGCAACAGACACAUCAGUCUGUGAUACAACACAGCAGUAGACGUAUUGACCGAUUAACCGGCCGCUACAAGCAAUAUAUAAUGUUAUGAAUGGUUGAAGUAUAAGCAGCUUAUUUAUUUGUUAUUUUGUUUGUCUACAGGUUCACGUAAGAAUUGGUCAUGGAGUAUUGGUACACAUUGUGAUAAGGUAGACAAACCGUGCAAAACUCGUCUGUCGGCAAGUCCCAUAAUAUGUAACAGUAGGGCAUUAACCGUGGGGAUCCUCUACUGCUCUUCUGAGUCGGGGUGGGAAAGGGAGGGGAGGGUUUUGUAAAUUAUGUCGGAGUUCUAAUGGUCCGAACUCUUGCCUCGCUAUACACAAGAGGUGGGACUACAAUUUGAAGUAAACACUAUGAAUGUUG